GACACCAGAAAUCCCCAAGGCCGCAAGGAAACGCAAGAGUCGCCGAGGAUCCUGAGCGAGAUCGAAGGGCCGUGAUGGCGGACGCGGGGAGCCUCGAGAAGAUGGGCCGGGAGCUCAAGUGCCCCAUAUGCUUGAGUCUGCUGAGUUCGGCGGUGUCCAUCACCUGCAACCACAUCUUCUGCAACGGCUGCCUGAUGGAGUCCAUGAAAUCUGCUUCCAGCUGCCCGGUGUGCAAGGUCCCAUUCCGCCGAAGAGAAAUACGGCCGGCGCCCCACAUGGACAAUUUGGUGUCUGUUUUCAAAAGUAUGGAAGUUGCAGCCGGUACUAGUAUUGUGGCAACACCUCUGGCUCCUUCACCCAAGGUUGCAGAUGGAUCACAAUGUGGUGGGAACAGUGGCAGCAAGCCUAAAAGCUCGCGGAAAAAGAAGGUAGCAUCAAAGAAGAAAAACAAUACAUCGAAGGCUGCUGCAGCUUCUGCAUCUUGUCCUACUACAAAGCCUUCAAUCUCCAUGAACAAAAGAAUACACGUGACGCUAUUCCCUGAAUGUGAGACGCCAACAAGGCCCAAAAAGAUUAUGAAGCCUGAAGAGCAAAAAACUAAGCUGAAUGGUGAUGCUGAAGAGGACAAAAAUAAAACAUUGAAUUCUGAUAGACCAGAAAGCCCUUCAUUGUCACCAUUUUUUUGGCUGAGGGGAGAAGAGCAAGAAGAAGGUGGCACUGCUGGAAGUUUAAGUGAACCACUAUCAUUGGACACACCCUUGCGUCACAAUGCACCUACCUUCAGCGAUAUCAUGGAUUCUGAUGAUGAAAUACCUAAUAAUGUGACUCCUAAUGUAAGUUCUUCUGAGCAUUUUUUUUGCAUUUUUUUAGUUUCCUGGUUGAACUUUGUGCAUACCAUUUUGUUACAUGUGUUGCAGAGCAAAGCUGAGGUUUCAGAGAUAUUUGACAGUGAAAUCUUUGAAUGGAGUCAAAGACCUUGCUCCCCUGAGCUGCGAUCUACUCCGCUGAAAAAACAGGGUAAAUUGAAGAAAAUUCUAGAUCAAAUCACAGAGACAGAUGAUGUUGAGGACAUGAAUCUUGGUGGUUCAUUUGAUAAAUUGGAUCAUGAAAGUAAUGCCGCUCAGCUUGUCAAUGGUGCAGAAAUUAAGAAGAGAAAGUCAGCAAGAGCUAGGACCAAGAAGAAUUCAAAACUGCCUGAUUGCGGUAAGCUAUGUACAAAAGGAUGUGAUGCUGUUCACCAAGUUACAGAUAUCCCUGUAAGUAUCACCACAAUGCCAGGCCAGAAGAACAGCGGUAAAAAGGAGAGCAAUACUUCGAGUGGAAGAAGCAAGGUCUCUUGCAACAGCAGUAGAUUUCUUUGCUCCAGUGAUAAAUCUAUGGAGACAUUUCCCCCCCAAGAAAAUAGUUUGGAGAUUGAAGCAUCUGAAAACCAGCUUUCAGAAAGAUCCCAUAAAAAUGAUAAAGACAGUCGACGAAAACUUGAAAGAACAGGGAAUAGUGCAUUGAAGACUGCAGAGAACAAAUCUGAACAAACAAGUAAGCGGAUCAGAAGAAUUUCUCAUGGUGCUGUAGCUGACGAGAUAAGAGUUAUCUCAGUGGCUGAAAAUAAAACAGAAUCACCGCAGCAUCACACUCUCAUAAAAGGCUGCACCCGGCAUAAACACUUGGAUGGUAGAAGUAAACAAAGCAUGGAAUCAAACAUUGGUCCAAAUACACCAAGCCCUUUACCUGGGAGAUGCCAAUUUAAUGAGGCCAUACGCACAGUUCCUUCAGUAAAGAAUUUCUUGGUUAAGAAUGGUAGUGUAAAAUCUAUUGAACAAUCAGAUUACUCAGAAACUAUCAGAUCUGCACGCAAUGCUGUCCUGCAGAAAUGUGAGGAAAAAGCUCCUAUGGCUUCCUGUGCUUUCUGCCAGUCUGAUGAUAUCACAGAGGAGUCUGGCAAGAUGGUUCACUACCAUAACGGGAAAGAAGUGCCUGCAGAAUUUAAUGGAGGGACUGGUGUAAUACAUUCCCACAAAAACUGCCUGGAGUGGGCUCCUGAUGUCUACUUCAAAGAUGACUCUGUGUUUAAUCUUACAACUGAGUUGGCUAGAAGUAGAAGGAUCAAAUGUGCUUGCUGUGGAAUUAAAGGUGCUGCACUUGGAUGCUUUGACAUGAGUUGUCGAAAAAGCUUCCACUUCACCUGUGCUAAAUUGAUCCCAGAAUGCAGAUGGGAUGAUGAAAACUUUGUGAUGUUAUGCCCUUUGCACCAAUCUUCAAAGUUGCCAAUAGAAACUUCUGAGUCGAAAAAGAAGUCUCAAAGGAGACUAACACCAAAAGGGUCAGCUCAAGUAAGACCUUGUCAAGUUUAUGGUAAUAAAUGGACAUGGCCAUCUGGAUCACCACAGAAGUGGGUUCUCUGCUGUUCAGCCCUUUCUCCUGCAGAAAAGGGUAUUGUAUCAGAAUUUGCAAAAAUAGCUGGUGUGCCAAUCUCAACAAGUUGGAAUCCCAGUGUUACUCAUGUUAUUGCAUCAACCGACCUGUCUGGUGCUUGCAAGCGCACACUUAAGUUUCUGAUGGCAAUCCUGAAUGGCAAAUGGGUUGUCUCCAUAGACUGGGUUAAAACUUGCAUGGAACAUAUGGAACCUGUUGAUGAAGUGAGAUUUGAAGUUACCACUGAUGUACAUGGGACUAGAGAGGGUCCCAAGUUAGGCAGACAAAGAGUUAUCAACAAGCAACCUAAAUUAUUUGCCAGCAUUCAUCUCUACCUCCAUGGAGAUUACACCCAGUCCUACAGGGGCUACCUGCAAGACCUUGUGGUUGCAGCCGGUGGAACUGUCCUUCAGAGGAAGCCUGUGUCAAGAGAUCAGCAGAAGUUGCUUGAUGACAGUUCCCUUAUCCUCAUUGUCUACAGCGUUGAGAAUCAAGACAAGGGUAAUCCAAAAUCCAAGGAUGGCGUCGAUACUGGUCGUAGCCAAGCUGAUGCUCAGGCUCUGGCCUGCGCCUCUGGUGGCAAAGUUGUGAGCAGCGCAUGGAUCAUUGACUCCAUUUCAGCUUGCAACCUUCAACCCCUUUAAGUUAGAAGGUAGAUUAAGUCAUGGACAUAAAAUCUAGUAUUGCUGCAUAAUGUUACAGUGUAAAUAUUAGAAUGCGACUUUAUGUUAUUUGUUGGAAGAGUCGAGUUCAUUCCUUAGUUGAACGCUAUGUUUUUUAAGCACUGCUUCAAUGCUGGAUUUGGUAUCAGGUUGUUAUACAUAGCAAUUGCAGUUUGAAAUCAA